GAUGGAGGAUGGAGUGGCGAUCAACCCUUCCUUGUUGUGAAGGGGCUUGGCAGUUUCGGAAUCAGAAGGACUAGGAGUAUGCUACUAUGGGAGGGCCAUGGAUGUUAGGGGAUACAUACCUGACAAUUCAUCGCUUGUUUUAACCCGUGGAAAACAGUGGUUAACUCCACUAUGGUGUGGGUCCAGCUCCCAAAUCUGCCAAUCGAGUUUAUUAAUACAGAAGCUGUUAUGAGAAUUGCGGUGACAAUUGGGAAGCCGGUACGGGUGGACAGAGCUACCAAACUGGGGGUAAGAGGAAAGUUUGCAAGGGUAUGUGGU